AUGGCGGAAGAAGAGAACCAGUGUGAAGAAUUUGAACAAAUAGACUUUUUAAGAGACAGGCAUGUGCGAUUCUUUCAGAGAACACUGCAGAUUUUACCCGAGAGAUAUUCUUCACUAGAAACCACCAGGUUGACCAUCGUGUUUUUUGCUCUGUCCGGGCUGGAUAUGCUGGACGCUUUGGACGUGAUCGAUAAAACUUCAUUGAUUGAAUGGAUUUACUCACACCAGGUUCUGCCAACUGAAGAUCAGUCCAACUUAAGUCAAUGUGGUUUUCGAGGAUCUUCACAUAUUGGGAUUCCGUACAGCACAAAGGGGCCGGGCGUUCCUCAUCCGUAUGACAGUGGACAUGUGGCAAUGACGUACACUGGCCUCUGUUCGCUGUUGAUAUUAGGAGACGAUCUGAGUCGCGUGAACAAACAAGCAGUUUUAUCCGGCCUCAGAGUUCUGCAGCUCGAGGACGGGAGUUUUUACGCAGUGCCUGAGGGAAGUGAAAAUGACAUCCGCUUUAUUUACUGUGCAGCCAGUAUAUGCUACAUGCUGGAUGACUGGUCUGGGAUGGACAUUCAGAAAGCCAUUGAGUACAUUAGGAGCAGUUUGUCGUACGACAGUGGUUUUGGCCAAGGCGCAGGGCGGGAGUCUCAUGGUGGGUGGACGUACUGUGCCAUCGCCUCCCUGUGUCUGAUGGGACGUUUGGAGGAGGCUCUCAGUCGGAAAGAGCUGGACCGCAUCCGACGCUGGUGCAUCAUGAGGCAGCAGACGGGCUUCCACGGCAGACCCAACAAACCUGUCGACACCUGCUACUCCUUCUGGGUCGGAGCCACGCUGGAGCUCUUAGAUGUGUUCCAGUUCACUCACUUUAAGAGGAAUCGCAGUUUCAUCCUCUCCACUCAGGACCGGCUGGUGGGGGGCUUCGCCAAGUGGCCCGACAGCCAUCCAGACCCUCUCCACGCUUACCUUGGCAUCUGUGGCCUGUCCCUGAUCGGAGAGCCCAGCCUGCAGAGUGUACACCCGGCCCUCAACAUCACGCAGAGGGCCUUCGAGCACCUGCAGCAGCUGCAGCGGACGUGGAGGGACAAGUGCAAUGGACAGCACUGA